AGAAAACCUGCUCGCUAAUGUGGAGACUGGAGACGUAAAAAUAAUAAUAAUUGGAAUUGCGAGUCCCAUCGGCGUUUUUCAUCCAGUAUCCAGACUAUAGCGUUCUCACAGUGACGUAUAUUUCCUGUAUAAACACACUUGAUCUAAUUUUAAAACGCCAUACUUUCCACACAACUACGCCGACAUCACAAUCUAAUGUAACACGGGAUUAGUUUAGCGUAAUUGCGGCGAAUUAAAAAGGACAAAACAAUGUUCAUUAAAAAAAGUUACAUUGCCGAUGCAAUACAGUGUUCGUGAAACUUCUCGUUGCAACGAUGCAGAAAUUCAGAAGCUUCGGGUCAAACGAGAUUGACACGAAAGCGAAAUGGAUGAUUUUCGUUGUGUACCUGUUGCUUAUAGGGAUUUUAGUGCUGGUGUCUCUGAUUGUUAUUUACUUUUAUUUUCCACAUAUUCUCAAUCUCAAACCUAAAGGUGACAACAGCACAUACUGCGAUACAAGCGAGUGUUUGGAAACAGCGUGGAGAAUAACGGCUGGAUUGGAUCUGGAAGCUGAGCCAUGCGAUAACUUUUAUCAGUUUUCUUGUGGGAACUGUGCGAAAAAUGUUUGCCGCGUCGAAAAGGGCAACCAAAUCGAAUAUUUGAUCACGGAAUCCAUAAGAGAUGAAGAAAAGGAACCGUUACUUAGUUUGAAGAAGCUCUACCAAACAUGCAGCAGCUUGACAAGUGCCAAUAUCGAAGUUGAUGAAGAAUUUUGGAAUCUUAUCAAGGAGCUUGGUGGUUGGCCAAUCUUGCAAGGCUCCAAAUGGACAUCAUUCGAUUUGAAGGAGGCAAUAUUGAAGUGCUUCAACUUAGGGUUGCCUUACGAGUGGAUCAUAGAGAUUGGUACAUUCCGUACAUGGUGGGAAAAGCUUGAGUUUACUCCUCCUAAGUCACGUAACCCAUUCCUCGAAGAUCCAUUUGCCGAAUCCCUUUACACAGAAUUAAUCGAUAGAACUGCAGAAUCUAUGGGUGCUUCAAAGGUGGAGAGGCUGGAUGUGAGAAAGAUUGUUCAACUAGAAAAGAGGAUUAAUCUGCUGUCGAAGAAAUACAACGAUUUGAAACAAAGGCCUUUUAGACUACGAGAGCUCAAAAAAAUAAUUCCACGUCUCGAUCUACAGGAACUAUUUAAUAAUGUUUCCGAAAAUGACAUACACGAUAACAGCUACAUAUUUUCAAAUUACUAUUUUGUGAAGGAUCUUAGUCUGCUAUUAGCUGGUACACCACCUCGAACGCAAGCGAACUAUUUCAUAUGGAAAAUCAUCCAGUCUUUCGGCAUUUAUUUAUCAGAUCCUGUUGGAAAACACUUUAGAGAUGUUUUGUACAGUUCAAAUGAACGAAGCAGGACAUGUAUAGAGGACAUCACAUCCAGGUUUCCACAGACUGUCGGUGUGGCUUAUGUCAAAGAAAAGUUAGACGACGAAAUACACGAAGACAUCAAAUCAUUGUUUGAAAAUGUGAGAGAAGCAUUCGCAAAGAGGGUAAUGAACAUCGAGUGGAUUGAUCCUCUGUUUAAAUCAACUAUUGAAGACGAAAUUGAAAUGAUUUCACUGUGGCAUUACACUGAUCAGGAUCCAAUACCCGACACCAGUGAAGAUGAGAGGCUGCCCUCUGCCUCCAAUUCUACAAGUAUUAUUUACAUGAUUCGACAGCAAAACCUUUACAAAAGAUAUAAUUUGCUACCUAGUGAAAAGUGGACAAAUUACUAUGAUAUUUGCGAAAGAGAUGGUAAACUGCAGUAUUUAUUCAUAGACUCCAAAAUUGUAAUACCGAUGCCUGUCUUACUAAGUAAGUACUACAGCUACAACAGCAAACCAAAUUACUUGAACUACGCAAAUCUAGGAGUAUACAUUGCAGACAUACUGAUUCAGCGAUAUGAUAUUGAUACGAUACAGGCUCAUUCUUACUAUGAUAAUAACACUCUAAUAGAGUACACAACAAGGGUAGACUGUAUUAACAGCCAGUUUGACAUAUUCAACAACAGUACCGGUUGGACUUUUGAAUACUUUGCUGACGCCGUAGCAAUCGGUGUAGCAUUUGAAGCAUACGUUAAAUGGGUGGAAGAAAAUGGAGAAGAGGAUUUGCUUCCAGGACUACCAUUCACUCCGUAUCAAUUGUUUUGGUUACAAGCUUCCUCGAAAUUCUGUCGCACUCCAUUUGAAGACCAGGGUGAAGCAUUUUGGAAAACCAGAAUGGAAUCCCCAUUAAAACACAAUCCGGCAUUCGCAGAGGUGUUUUAUUGUGAUUUGGGAAGUGAACUGAAUCCUAAGUGGGAAAGAUGUUCUGUGUUUAAGUGAUGAGCUCAGGGUUGCAUAGUGGAGUCUCAGACAUCAAAAGUUUAUCAAAAACGAAAAAUAGAACAUGAUCAUAACAUCGAAAAACUCAUGCCUACCCAAGUUAUUCUAUCUGGUUCACUUAUUUAUCUACACUUAAUAUUUACCACAUCGCAAUCUAGUUUAAGCCUAUAUUUGCAAUAUCGCCUCAAAUAUGAUAGUAUUGUACUUUCCAAGAUUAAUGAAGUAUAUAUAUAUAUAUAUCAUUUGAAUCUAAAUGUACUAAGCUAAAUAUUUGUUUGAUACUAAUGAUAAUAAACUAUAAACGAGAGAUAAAACAAAGGACCGAUCUAAAAUGCACCAUGGGGAUGAUCGAAGUAUUAUACUCUACUUCUUUCGCCUAUUAUGUAUUUAAACCUCAUUUCACACCACGUUCAAAUCCACGCGCUCCUGUUGCCUAGGAGCCAUAAAAGCUUGGGCAGGCGGCGACAAGCGAACAUAAGCGUCGCUCUAAUGCGCAUGUUUUGAGUAAAUGAUUUUUGAAUAGGGCAUAGUAAUUAUUGCAAACAAUGUAAAUACCUCUUAGAACACACAUGUGAUGCCAUAUAAGACUACUCGUUAUUAAGAACAAAAUAGUACUAAGCCAACAGCUUUAAAAUUAAUUGUUUGAUAAUAGUAAAAAAUGGAACACUGAUAUUUUUAAAGUAACCAAACAAAUACAAUAUUAAGGUAUUACAAAUAAUUUUAAUGCUUUAUUUCAAUGCCUAUUUCUUAAAAAAAUCCUAUUCAAGUACAUUUACCUGUAGCUGUAGUAUUAGCGUUUCAAGGAGCAAAUAUAACUGGCAAUAGACUUUAGAUUUUCAUAAAUAGCAACUUUAUUCAACAUAUAUUUAAUUAUACACUACAAACUGACAAAUAUGUGGUAAGUAAUACUGAUCAAAUGAUGCUAAAUUUAUUCUAGAUUUAGGUUCGUCAUCCACCUUCAUCUGUCUUGCUAUCGCAUUGGAAAACAUCGCAGCUUUGUGCGGAUAAUCCUAUGUUCAUAGCGGCUUGCAUUUCUGAUAAUGCUUGUUGGUACUUUGUAUCAUCUAGCUCGACCACCAACUUGGUUAGUUUCAGUACUAACGUUCCUGUUUCGAUAUACUUCUUUGCUUCCUCGGGUUGUUUGCAGGCUAUACUUUGUAGGCAGCCUGGAGACCCUUAAAUAGUAAAAAAGAUUGGAUAUUAUCUGGUAAAACAUUAUGUCUGUUGUGCCAAAAUAAAAAUCCAGUUCUAUGCCAGUCCGAAAAUGGUGACAAAAUUUAUUUUUUUCUCCAGAUUUUUUCCUUGGACCAUUGUGAACAAAAAAGGUGUUUAUAUGCUUUUCCCUAAAGUUAGUAGUUUUAGAGAUGUAAGUGAAUUAAUAUUUGAAAAAAGUACGAAGUGUAUUUCCGAUCCCAAUAAGCAAAAUUAAAAAACGAAUAUUUUAAUGAUUCCAAAGUUCCUAAAUAUUCAAAAAACACCCGUUAAUAAAAUCCCAAAGCACUUCAUAAGAUAUUAUUAUUGUAUACCUUUGUUUCGUAAUUUCCAAACAAGCUAACGUAAACAGGUUUACAAUAACAAUACCUCAUAAAGUGACUUGAGAUUUCUUUAACGGAUAUUUAGGAAUUUUGGCAAUUUAAAACUAAUCAUUUUUUAAUACUGUUUUUUGGAGUCAAAAAUGGCAUAUUUCGCACUUAUGCAAAUAUUAAAUCUUUUAUAUCCCGAAAACUAUCAACUUUAAAGAACAGUCCAUUGAAACCUUUUUUUCAAAAUAUC